AUGUCGUAUUCAAAUCAACAAUAUAAUUCAAAUAACGACGGUAUUAUUAGCCAAACCAUUGAUACAGCUCUUCUCAAUGGAAAUAAUGUUAAUGAUAUUUUUCGUUCAUUUUAUGGAAUUGCUAAUAAUAUGAUGGAUGAUCUUAUACGUAAUGGAGCUAAUGCUGAUGGUAUGACAGCAUUUCGAUCUAUGAAAUCAAACAAUCCUAAUGUAAAAAUAUUCGGUAUAAGUUCAUUAAAUAUAACAUCGAUUUCACGUGGACCAGAUGGUAAGCCACAUAUAGUUCAAGCUCAUGAUGAACGUCGUAUGGGACCAGGUGGAGUUUGGCAAACAAAAAAAGCUUUACGUGAUCCAAAACGUGGUAUUGAUAAAAUGCAAGUGGGAUAUUUUACUGGUGAUCAUGGUGAAAUUAUUGAACGUACUCUAGAUCAAGCUAGUGGACAAUAUCGACAAGAAAGAAAACCUCGUGGAGUGGCUUCGAAUGAUCAAAAUUUUACAAAUCAGUGGAGAAUACAAGCCCAACAAGCUAUGCAACGACCAUCACACUCACAACAACAACAAAUACCCUAUAAUGAUCAACAUUCUCAACCAGCUUCAGCACAUCCUUCUCAUUCUGAACGAUCAUCACAAGCAAAUUCUUAUUAUAAUCAGUAUCCACAACAACCACCAUCAGUUGCUGGCUCUCAUCAAUACUAUUAG